CGCAGGCUGCCGUAGCCCGGAAGGGCGCUCCCCGGCGGCCGCAGAGGCGCGCCGCCCGCUCCGGCAGUUUCACUUUCGGUUUCGCCCGGGCUUCGGCGGAGGCCGCAGCUGCGCGCCACCUGGAGCGGGGGUUUGGGUCCCGGCCGCCAGAUGAGGAACCUGGGGCCUUGAGAGGUGAAAUGAUGAGUUCUCCAAGGUAUACAGCUACAUUAAGUAGCAGAACUGGGAUUAGAAUUCAGGUUUCCCAUCUCCCAAAUUUCUGAUCAGGAUUGUUAAAAUGAGUCUACGGAAGCAAACCCCCAGUGACUUCUUAAAGCAAAUCAUCGGACGACCAGUUGUGGUAAAAUUGAAUUCUGGAGUGGAUUAUCGAGGGGUCCUGGCUUGCCUGGAUGGCUACAUGAAUAUAGCCUUGGAGCAGACGGAAGAAUAUGUAAAUGGACAGCUGAAGAAUAAGUAUGGUGAUGCAUUUAUCCGUGGAAACAAUGUAUUGUAUAUAAGUACACAGAAGAGAAGGAUGUGAAGAUGCCAAGAGGACAAUCCUUUUCACACUUGGAUAUAUUUUUUGUAUGAGGGUUUUUGUUUUGUUUUGUUUUGUUUUUUGGUUCUUUUGUGAUUUGUUCUAUUUCAUAAUAGUUGGCAAUUUUUCACUGACAUGCGAGUGAGCGAAGGGCACAAAAUUGUGGAUGUAGUGUAAAGAGCUCCUCCAUAUUUAAGUUCCAGGCAUCUUCUUUUCCCUCUGUGUCAGUGUGCAGAACACAAAUGAAUAAAAAAAGAAAAUCCAUUUCUCUGUACGUGA